ACUCCGGUGGACAGAUCUGAGUCGGUUAUGCGAAGGGUCGGAAGUGUCUGUGGUCAUCAGAAGUUCACCUUAUUUGAUUAAUUGCUCAAAAUGCCGUUGACGGGAUGUUCACAGGCACACAAUUCAACGGCACCAGUUAUCUACCUUGCCUUGUACGACUUUGAAGGAAGUUACGUAGAUGACUUGUCAUUCAAGAAGGGGGACAGACUCAGGAAAGUGGACGCUGACGAGACAUCUGACUGGGUGGUAUGUGUCAACCUGACAAAUGAUGAAGUCGGGUACAUCCCGACCAACUAUAUGAAGGUUGAAAACAACUCUCCAGAGACUCAAGUCUGGUGGUUUGCCUGUACACGGGAGAGAGGGGAGCAGAGACUGUUGAAGGAGGGUUUGACUGAUGGCACCUUUCUGGUCAGACCAACGUCAGACACAAAUUCCUACACAUUAAGUGUGAGGUGGCAUGAAGGGGAUGGGGCGCCAUGUGUCAAACAUUACAAACUGCGCAUGUCAGAAGAUGGGCAGACGUACAUCGGGCUCAGAAAGAUGUUUCCUACAGUCAACAUGCUUAUAGCAUAUUAUCAAGUCAACGAUGACGGUUUGGUGUGCCGCCUUACCACGCCAUGCCCAAGGAUUGUAAAAGCCCAGCAGGGAAGCCGGUCAGUCAAUGGCGAGAGUUGGUGGUUUGAUGCGGGGCGCCAUGAUGCAGAGGCACUGUUGUUGAAGAAAGAAGUGGUACUUGGUAGUUUCCUCAUCAGGCCCUCCGCGGGACCAGACUCAUAUGCCCUGUCUGUGAGGCUGCAACACGGAAACGCCGAAUCCCCCUUUGUCAAGCACUAUAAAAUACAGACGGCGACGAACGGACAGGUGUACAUUGGAAUCCGAAAGAUGUUUUCCAGCAUCCACGCCCUUGUAGCGCAUCACCGAGGGAGGGAAGACGGGCUGGCGUGUCGCCUCACGGAACCAUGUCCAAGGAUGGCUCCAGUCGUCCAUCUUCGUAACAUGGAGGUGGACAGAAGUCACAUUGACAUGACGGUCAAGCUGGGAUCUGGCUACUUCGGCGAGGUCUGGAAAGGAACGCUGAACGGAAAGCGUGAUAUCGCAGUUAAGAAGUUAAAACCUGGCAGGAUGACUGUGGAUGAAUUCAUGACCGAGGCGAGAAUAAUGAACCAAUUACGUCAUAUCCGCCUGGUUCAGCUUCUGGCAGUAUGCACAGAUUGUGAACCUGUGCUGCUCGUCACUGAGUACAUGUCUAACGGGUCUCUACUGGACUUCCUCAGGAAAACAGACCGUCCUAAGCUGGAACAUUCUAUGAUGAUACACAUGUGUAGGCAGAUAGCAGAAGGAAUGGCGUUCCUAGAAUCGCACAACUUCAUCCACCGUGACCUUCGUGCUGGCAACAUCUUGGUCGGGGAACAUUACGAUGUCAAGGUCGCCGACUUUGGACUAGCCAGGAUCGUUGACGAUGGCGUUGAUUAUCUUUCAAAAGGCAGCCGUGUACCUAUCAAGUGGACAGCUCCUGAGGGAAUUGUAUACAGGAAAUUCAGCAUCAAGUCAGACGUUUGGUCUUUUGGUGUGCUGAUGUUUGAGGUUGCAACGUCAGGGAAGGAUCCUUAUGCAGGUAUGAAGCCACCAGAAGUUUUGGAACAAACAGUCAAGGGGUAUCGCUUACCAAAACCACAAGAACACUGGCUUCCUGAACAGAUCGACCCCUACUAUGAGAUCAUGCAACAAUGCUGGAAAGAGGAUCCCGCAAGCAGACCCUCCUUCUCACAUCUCCACAGUGUAUUUGAGGACUUCAAAGUUCAGACAGAAACACCUUAUGAUGAUAUCUGAUAUCAAAUUAUAUAGAAACGGAACAUUAUUAAAUAAGUUAAGAAGCUA